GCGCGGUGCGCUCCUUCCCUGCUGCCUGGGCGAGGAGGCUUGUGUGCAGGCACACCCCCACGUCCCUUCGGCGCCGCUGCCUCUGCUCCACUGGCCUCAGCUCCGCCCAGCUCUCCGCCACACGCCGGUAGCGACAUGGCACACGCGGCGGUACGCUGCCCCAGCGCUCUGGGCUCCGGGGACGGAGAGAUGGGCAAGCCCAGAAAAGUGGCGCUCAUCACUGGCAUCACGGGCCAGGAUGGUUCAUACUUGGCUGAGUUCCUGCUGGAGAAAGGCUACGAGGUCCAUGGAAUUGUGCGGCGAUCCAGUUCAUUCAAUACAGGUCGAAUUGAACAUCUGUAUAAGAACCCCCAGGCUCAUAUUGAAGGAAACAUGAAGUUGCACUAUGGUGACCUCACUGACAGUACCUGCCUUGUGAAGAUCAUUAAUGAAGUAAAGCCUACAGAGAUCUACAACCUUGGAGCCCAGAGCCACGUUAAAAUUUCUUUUGACCUGGCUGAAUAUACUGCAGAUGUUGAUGGAGUUGGCACUUUACGGCUUUUGGAUGCAGUUAAAACCUGUGGCCUUAUCAACUCUGUGAAGUUCUACCAAGCCUCAACAAGUGAACUCUAUGGGAAAGUGCAAGAAAUACCCCAGAAGGAGACUACUCCUUUUUAUCCUCGGUCACCGUACGGGGCUGCUAAACUCUAUGCCUAUUGGAUUGUGGUGAAUUUCCGAGAGGCAUAUAAUCUCUUUGCAGUUAAUGGCAUUCUCUUCAAUCAUGAAAGUCCCAGAAGAGGAGCUAAUUUUGUUACUCGAAAAAUUAGCCGGUCAGUGGCUAAGAUUUACCUUGGACAACUGGAAUGUUUCAGCUUGGGAAAUCUGGAUGCCAAACGAGAUUGGGGCCAUGCCAAGGACUAUGUAGAGAUGUCAUGCGCCAAGAAAAGAUGGAUCCCAACUGGGGACAACGGAGGGAAGAUGUAUCAUGGUGCCUCUGACACUCAGGAACCCCCAGGAGCCCCAGGACCUCAGCGCAAUUGCUCAGGGAAAUGCAGCAUUGUAGGUCUGGGUCUGUUCUGCCAGAUGGAUAUUAGUAUCUUAAAAUAGACCAACUUUUUU